AUGAAAGAGAAGAGAAAGAAUCGUUUGCUAUCAGAUCAUGAGUUAAAUUCUGUUUUGAACGAGAACCCAGGGCCCCUGGUAUGGGCUCCACUCCAGCUCUCUCCUUUAAUAAGAGGAGAACUGGAGGGGCAUAUGUCUCAGAAGGUUUCUACUUUGCGGGAACAAGUAGUACCUCUGCCUGUGAAGAAAUCCUGGGAAAUACUCAAUCGUUUUAUGGAUGUACACGGAGUUCCUGAACAAGAGCUCCCCAAUACUCAGUUACCUACAUUCAUUCCUCAGAGUGCUGAGCAAAACACCAACAGAUCUCCAGACAUUCCAUUAUUUCAUCUCCAUGUGAACAUUGGGAUGAACUCUGAACUAAGUAGGGCAGAAGCAAAAAUGUCACAAUCAUUUACCUCAAACAAGCAGUUACAAUCUGAGGAUGACCACCAAGUCGUUAGAUAUAAUCCUUUAGUGAUAUCAAUGGGCACUCCAUCUCCCAGAAAUUUAGGAGUUAACAUAAUUCAGGAAGAAACUGCUUUGCUGAAAAGGGAUCCAAAGCAUGUGUUAGAGUUGAGUAUAGAACAGAGGGUCAUAGGUCAUUCAGAAAAAAGGAUACAGCCGCAUAAGGCACCAGUAACUGAUGUGGAGCAGCCACCCAAGACACCAUGUUCAGCCACAGACAGCAUGAAGGUCACUCCAUUGGCAUUGCUUCAGGUUAUGAACUCAAUGGGAAUGAUCCCAGAACCACAUUCGGAGGUGAUGGGCUCUGUGGAGUUUUCCCCACAGCAACCAAAUCAAACAGAAACAGUGAGUAUAACUCCUCAGCCAUUGAAUCAAGCAAUUGAAUCAAUAAAAGGAACAUGUCCUCAGUACCAAACUAUGGAAUCAAAGAGUAUGGCCUCAAGACAGAAUCAAGUCACAGAUAACAUGAAGGUAACUCCUGUAGCAUUGUUCCACAUAAUGGAUUCCAUGGGGAUGAUUAAUGAAUUACAUCCACAUGUAGAAUCAGUAGGAAUAGCCCCAAAGCCACAAUACCAAGUCAUGAAACCAGUGAGGAUGGAUACAUUGCAUAACCAUCAAGCCAUCGGAUCAGGAAAUAUGAGUCUAGGACCACAGCAUACAGUCAUGGAAACACUGAACAUGACCUUGGGCUCACAGAAUCAAGCCACAAAACACAUCAGGAUCGCUCCCAGUCCAAUAUGCCAAAAUACAAUGAAAAUUAGCUCAACUACACAACCAACCAUGGAUUUCGUGCACUUAAUUCCACCAGGACAGCCACCCAUUACAGACUCGAGGGCUUUGAUCCAAGGCUCACAGCCUCAAGCUGAAAAUUUGACUUCAGUGUCAACUCAACCAGAUGUUCUGACUCCUACAGUGUCAGUAGGAGCUAUAGAAUCUGGAAGUGUAGUUCCACAGCUGCCAUCUAAAGUCCUGGAACCAUCAGGAAUGAUUCUACUACCACCAGGUCAAUCCCUACAUGCUCUAAAGAUGACCCCGGUAGUACAGGUGUUACCCCCGGGAAUGACCACACCACUACAUGUUGUAGAGCCUCCUGGUUUGCCACAGCCAGUAGCUCAAGUCAAAGAAUCUCUGGAAUUGCCUUCUGGAUUACAGGUUCAAGUUGGAGACUCCAUGGGGAUGACUGCACAACAUCAAGGCACAGAGUUUGUGUCAUUGACUCCAGGACCGUCUCAUCAGGUCAUGGGCCCUUUGAAGUUCACCCCAUGGCACCAAGACUUAAACUAUUCAGAGACAAACCCAAGGCAAAGUCACAAGAUAACAGAAACUGUGGGGUUGACCUCUGAUACCUGGCCAAAAGUGAAGGAUUCUAUAGAGGUAACACAGCUACAUCAUCAAGUAAUGGAAUCUAUGAGAACAAUCCCAGAACCACCAGAUCAAGGUACUGCACCUAUAGGAAGGAUACAAAAGCAUGAAGUUACAGAAACUGAAGUAGUGCCACUUCAAGAAAUGGAAUAUUUGGGGGAAAACACAAUCCAGCAGCCUAAAGAUAUGGAUUCAAUGAACUUAUCCCCAGAAUUACAGAAUGUAAAAACUGAGCACCUAAUCCCAGAUCCAAGAUUGCAAAGUAUGAAAUCUGUGGAUUUAGUUCCAGAAACAGUGAAAUAUGCCCCACAGACCUCAACAGUGGUACCUACAGAUUUGACCCCAGAACUGCAUCAGCAGAAUAUGCAAUUUGAGGAAUUAACUCCCAUGCCACCAUUGCAAAGUGAGAAAUCUGUGCCAUCAGCCCCAACGUCCCAGCUUCAAGAUAUGAAAUCUGGCCAACUGACAGUUGGACCACAACCCCAAAACAUACAAUCUUCUGGGCUGGCCCCAGAUCCACAGUUGCAAAAUAGUAAAUCAAUACAUUUGAUCCCAUGUUCACCAUCUCAAGGUAUGGAAGAUGUUCAUUCAGCUCUACCACAGGAGUUACAAGGAGAUAUAAAAAUGGUGGAGUUGACUCCAAGACCAUCACUUGAAGAUACAAAAUCUGUGAACUUGGCCCCAAAACCAUAUUCACAAAACACCAGCUCUGAUAAGAUAACCCAUGUAUCAUUGCUUGAAGAUACAAAGACUCCAUUGGUAGAAGGUAGAAGUAGAAAAGUUGAUGAGUUGAUCCCAAGCACACAUCUUUAUGCAGUAAAUUCCUUAGAAGUGAGCUCUGACCCAAGCUAUCAUUUCCCAGAACCAGAAGGACUGGUCCUACAGCACAAAGCCUCAGAAGCCAGAGUCACCUCUGAAACUUGUCAUCAGGUGGAAGAAUCUGUUGAGUUGACACAAUUACCAUUAGGGAUGACUCUGGCACCACUGAGCCAAACCUCAGAAUCUAUGGAGAUGAGCUCACCACCACUCCAAGAUGUUCUUGUAACUAGGACCCAAAUUGUAAAAGAAAUGGAAGAGCCUCUAGAAUCACAAAAUGCAAUUAAAGGUACUUUGGAUUUACUACCAGAAUCAGAAGUGCAAAAUCUGAACUCAGGAGUGAUGGUCCCAGAGCCACAGCACCCAGAUGGGAAAUUUGUUCAUGUGACUCUGGAACCAUGUUCGGAAGUUACUAACCCAUCAGAAAUAACUGUGAGACCAGAAUAUGAAGACACUGAGACAAUCAGAUUGACAUUGCCUAAAGUUGAUGAUACCCAGGGGACAAUCGCAGAACCAUUUGUAGAAAUGGGAUCUCUGGGGUUGAGUCUAGACCCGAGAGUGCAAGGUGAGAAAUCAGAGUCCUUGGCACAAAAUUUGAAAUCUGUAGAAGUAAUCGAUGAACCAUCUGUACUAGUUGUAGAACUUACAGAGCUAACUACAGGACCCAAACCACAUAUUAAAGAUGUGAUCCCAGGGCCACAGCUUCACCAAAUAGAGUCUGGGCAAAUAGAUACAGAAUCACAGUUGCAAAACGAGAAAUCUGUAAAUGUAAUACAACAGUCAUCUAUAGGAAUGGCAGAUCCUGAAAAGAUAAAACCAGAGCCAGGACUCCAAAGUUUAUCACCGAAGGAACUUAUUGAGGGGACCCAGCCUCCAAGUCUGAAAUCUGUGGAUCUAAAUCUAGCCCCACAGAAGCUAAGUGUCAAAUCUGGACUGAUUCCAGGGCCACAAUUGCAAAAUGUCAGAUUUCCAAACUUCUAUCAAGGGCUAUUUCUUCAAGGGGAAAACCCAGUUAAUUUCAUCUCAGGCCCCCCACAUUAUGGUGUGAAAUCUGAUGAAGCAAUAUCCCCGGUGCCAGAAACCAGAUCAUCAGAUUUUAUCCUGGGGUCAAAGGUUCCAGAACCACAACCACAACCACAAUCACAACAUGUGACGUCUGUGGAAGUAAAUGUAGGACCAUGCUUGCAAAAUGUGAGAUUCUCUGAUCAGAUCCCUGAGCCCAAGCACCAAGGUUUCAAACACAUACAGUUCAUACCAGGUAUUCAGCUUCAAGACAGCUUGUCUCAGGGGUUUAUGCCAGAAUCAUUUUCACCAUUAAGCCAAGAGCCACGGCUUGAAGAUAUGAAGCUUGUUCUGCCUAUGGAAGUAUCAGAGUUUCAUAGCAUGAAACUCACAAUACCAACCCCUGAGCCACAAUAUCCAAGUGUGAUCCCCCAGGAGGUAAACACAGGACUGUGGCAACAAGAUGCCAAAUUUUCUGAGUUGGCUUCUAGGCCAAAACUUCAAGGGGUCAAAUUUGGGGAGCAAACUCCAGGAUCAUUGUUUCAUGGUAUGAGUUCCAUGACUCCAGAGGUAAGCAUACAUGAUCCCAACUUAGCAAAGAUAACUCUAGGGCCACAAGAUACAAAGCAGACGAGUUUUAAUGCAGGGCCAUGCCUGCAAAAUGUAAAAUUUUCCGAUGUAAUGCCAGGAACUCAAUCUCAAGGUGUGAAGACUUCAGAGUUAAACUUGGGGCCACAGUUAGAGUGUGUAAAAAUUUUUGAGAUGACCACACAGCCAGAGAGGCAAGGGAUGAAACCAGAGUUAAUAGUACAAGAGUCACUGUUUAACGAUAUAAAAUAUGUCACAGGGAAUCAAGCACCAAGCUUUGAAGAAGAAAUGUCUUAUAAAGUAGCAUUGGAGCCACAGAUAUCAAAUACAGAAUCAGGGACAUUGGCUUCUGAGUUGAUUAGAAGACCACAGGAACAAGGUAUAGGAUCUUAUGAAUUGAUCCACGAACAGCAUUUGGAAUAUAUAAAACCUGUGGAGAAGAUCGCAGCCUCAAAGCAAGAGGAGUUAAUGCUAGGGCCACAUUUGGGAGACAUGAAAUCUAAGGAGUCAGAGCUGGGAAAAUUCAAAUCUAUGCUGUCAACCCCAGGGAUACAAGCAGGACAAAAGGAACUUGAGGAGCUGUCUCCAGGCUCCAAUUUGAAAGGUUUAGAAUCUGAGUUACUACCUUCAAGACCACAGUUAGAAGAUAGGAAAUCUGGGGUCUUAACUCUAGGACAAUGUCUAGAAAGGAUAAAAUCUACAGUGGUAUCCCCAAGUAGUUCCCAGCAAGAUGGUUUAAAAUCUGUGAAGUUGAUUCCAGGUUCAAGAAUUCAAGAUUUGAAAACUGUGGGGUUGGCCUGUGAUACAUGGGUUCAAGAUGUAAAUACCAUGGGCUCGAGACUCGAACCAAAGAAGCAUGGGGAGAGUCCUGUGACUUUUGUGCCAGAGAUGCUAUUUCAGGGUAAGUCUACAGAUGCGUUGCAAGGUAUAAAGAAGCAUGGGGAGAGUCCUGUGACUUUUGUGCCAGAGGUGCUAUUUCAGGAUAAGUCUACAGAUGUGUUGCAAGGCAUAAAGCCUAAGGAACCAACUUCACAGCCACAAACGCAAGAUAAGAAACAUUUGAUCAUCUCAUGUUUGAAACCGCAAAAUCCAAAACCUGUGAAUAUGGCCAAAAUACAAGGGAUCCAAGGAGUAAAAUUUGUGGGUUCAGUCUCAACACAACAGUGUCAAGAAAUGGCACCCAUGGAUUUAACUCUUGAGCCUGGACAGGAUGACCAGAAAACUGUGAACUCAGCAGAGUGGAAAGUUGGGCUGAAAACACAGUUUGAAUUAGAAGAUGUAUUGUCUAUGGGGUCAGAUCAAGAACCCAAACCCGCAGACAUAAAAUCCACAGAGGUCAGCUCUAAGGUACCAUUUAAAGAUACACCCGCAUUUGAAUUGGCUCCUGAACCAGUUGUUCAUAAUGUAAAAACUAAAGUGUUCCAGUAUGAGUCACAGGUGCAAAGUAUGAAACCUUGCCAGUUGACUCCAGGACCAGAGAUGCCACAGAUGCACCAAGUAAAAUCCUUGGAGUCAAUAUCAGAGUCACCACUUCAAGAUGUGAAAAGUAUGGCCCUAAAAACAGAGUCACAAUCUGGAAGUACAAAAUCUAUUCAAUGGAUACCAAUAUCUGAGUUUCAAAGUGGGAAAUGUAUAGGGUCAAAUUUAAGGCUACGUUCUCAAAGCACCAGACCUACAGAAUUGAAGCCAUCUGCACAAUGGAGAAGCAUGAGGUCAUCUGAAUUUACUAUCAGGCCAAAAAUUCAAGGGGAGAAAUCUGUGGGGUUUCAUCCUGAGCCCCAGUCACAGCAAGUAAAAACUUCUCCAUUAGCACUAGGGCUUCAGAAAACCAAAACCUGUAACUUAACUUCAGAAUCACAGGCUCAAGGGAUCAAAACUGUGGAGCUAAACAGAGAGCCACAGGUUGAAAGUGUGAGAUCCAUUCAGCGGCUACCAGGACCUGAGUUCCAUGGAGUGAAGUUUUUGGGAUUAAAUCGUGGAUCACCAUCUCAAGGUGUCCAACCUGCAGAACAGAAACCAUCCAUACAGUUGGGAGGUGUAAAGCCAUCAGAGAUGACUCCGAGGCCAAAACUUCAAGGAAAAAAAUCUGUGGAUUUUAACCUCGGGCCACAAAUACAGUAUAUAAAGACUCCUGAGGCAUCCCCAGAACCACAGCUACAAGAAGAGGAAAACUUUGCAUCCACUUCAGAGCCACAGCCUCAAGGUAUUAAAACUGUGGAGCUAAACAGAGAGCCACAGGUUGGACAUAUAAGAUCCAUCCAGUGGCUACCAGGACCUGAGUUCCGAGGUGUGAAGUUUUUAGGAUUAAAUCGUGGGUCACCAUCUCAAGGUGUCAAAUCUACAGAACAGAAACCAUCCAUACAGUUGGGAGGGGUGAAGCCACCUGAAAUGACUAUAGGGCCAAAACUUCAAGGAAAAAAAUCCGUGGAUUUUAACCUUGGGGCACAAGAACAGUACACAAAAACCCCUGAGGCAUCCCCAGAAACAGAGCUACACAAAGAGAAAAAUGUUACAUCAGCCUUAGAGCCACAGUCUCAGUGUGUGAGAAGUGUGGCAUUACACCACGGGCCACAGCUUGAAAAUACAAAAUCCGUUCAGUGGAUACCAGUGUCUGACUGUCAAGUUAAGAAACCUAUGCUGAAUUUUAAAGGGUUACAAUCUCAAGAUGUCACAGCUAAAGGGUUAAAACCCUUGGUACACCUAAGAGAUUCGAAGACAUCUGAUGAGUUGACCUUAAAGCCAAAGUUACAAAGUAAACAACCUUCAGGGUCAAUCCAGGGACAUCAGCCUCAAAGGUUCACAGCCAUUGAUUUAAAAUCUGAGCUACAGUUUAGAAGUAUGAAAGCAUGUGACCCAACCUUAAGGUCAAAAAUCAAUAAUGCAAAACUGGCAUUCAAACCCAAGUUUCACUUAGAAGACAUGACUGCUCCUGGACUGAACCCUGGAAUACAGCCACAAGAAGUGAAACCCUCAGGGCCACCCCCAGGAACACAGCCUCAAGCUGUGACAUCUGUAGUGUUUAAACAAGAAUCACAGUCCUCAGAAGUGAAAUAUGGGGUAUUAAGCCAAGGGCCACAAUCACAAAACAAUAUAGAGUUGAAAAGUGCAAAAUCCUCUGAGUUAGCGCUUCAAACAAAGUCUCGAGGUAUGAAAUCUGAGGUCAACUCUGGGCCCCAGUGGCAAAGUGAAAAAUGUUCUGAUUUGACACCUGAAACAGAGUCCCAAAAUAUGAAAUGUACUAAGUCAAGUCCCAGCUCACAGUUGAAAGGUAAAACAUUUACUGAGUUAGCUAUGGGAACCAAGAUUCGAAGUGUCAAGCUAGACUGUAAACCUGGGCUACAGCGACAAGGUACAAAACCCAAUUCAAUUCUAAGGACAAAACCUCAAGAAAUGAGAAUGGAGGACUGUGAAUCAAGCCCACAGUUACAAGAUCUGAAAUCUUCAAGGACAAUCAUGGGUAUACAGGUCCAAGAUGUCAAAUCUGUGGACUUUGGUCCUGGACCACACUUACAAGAUAUGACAUCUGAAGUCAUUACAGAGAAGAGGGUUCAUGGCAUGAAAUCAGCAGAAAUCAAACCUACUUCAAAGUUACAAGGUAAGAAACCUGAUUUUACCCCUAGGAAGAUGUUCUUAGGCACAAAAUCUGUAGACCUGGACUCAGGUGCAUCUUUACAAGAUUUGAAAUACCCUGAGCUCAUCAUGAGUGUGAAACUUCAAGAAGUGAAUUCUAUGGGACAACAUGUGGCAAAUAUAAAAUCUUCUGAGGUAGUAACACAAAUACAUCCCCAAGGUGUAAAAGCGAUGAACUUCAAUUCUGAACCACAGCCACAAAAUAAAAAGCUAUCUGAGUUGGCUCAAGGGAAAAGGCUCCAAGAUAUGGGAUCUGUGGAGUUUAAUCAAAGCCUAAAGUUACAAGGGGUGCCAGUGGAGAUCAAGCCCUCUAAGGAGGAAUCUGUGAAGUUAAACUCAGGCCCUCAAUUACAAGAUGAGACUUGUUCUAAGCCAACUCUGGGGGCAAAGCUUCAAGAUGGAAGAUGGAUGGAAGUCAGUUCUGGCCCAGGCUUCCAGGGUAUGAUGCCUUCUGAAGUGACUUCAGAGGACUCGCUUAAAAAAGAGAAACCCAUGGGCUUUGUAGAUCAGCCACUGUGGCAAGAUGUCAACUCUUUUAAGUGGACUUUCUGGAAGGCACUUGACAAGAAACCUUUGCAGUUGGAGUUACUCCCUCAAUCACAGGACAGGAAAUUACCUAUGUUAAUACCAGAAUUACAUCUCCAAGGAUUGAACCCUGAGGCAGUCAAUCCUGGGUCAGAGUUGAAAGAUGUGAAAGCUGAGCCCACAAAUAUCCAAACAGUGAAAGAUACAGAGAUCAAUCAUGGUACAGAAUCACAGGUAGGGGGAUUCUCUGAGCAGGCCUUGAACUCAACAAUUUAUAGUGUGGGACCUGAACUCAAGGCCAGAAACCAGAAGCAAGAUGGGAAAUCUCACAAGUCAAGUCAAAAGCAACAGCUUCAAAGUAUACAGCCAAUAGUGUUUAGUCAUGAGCCACAUUUGCAACAUAUUAAGUCAUCAGAAUUAUGUAGAAAGCUUCCAGACCUGAAAUCUAUGGACUUCAACUCAGAGCAACAGUUGCAAGAUGUGAAGUCCUCUGACUUGAGCCUGGGAACAGGUAUGCAGUCUUUAGAGUUCAACCCUGGGCCACAGUUGGAAGAGGUGUGUGCAGAGACCAAGCUGCUAGAUGAAACAUCUCUGCAAUUCAAGCAUGAGCCUAGACUGCAAGGUAGUGCAUCCUGUGACCAGAGUCCAGGGCCACAGAUUCACUAUAAAAAUGUUAUCGCAUCCAACACUGGAACACAAAAUGUAAAAUCGUCUGAGUUGCACCCUGGUCCAGAUCUUCAAGAUGUAAAAUCUAAGGUUUUCUGCUUUGGGCCACACUUGGAAAUACCCCAGGGCCAAGUCCUCCAUGCACGAAUCCCACUGAGUACAAUCCUGAAACAACUUUGCAAGGUGUGA